AGAAGAAACUAACACAGCUUUCAAAGCAUACAUUAACUGAAUUACACGCGUAUAGAUUUUAACGCUUUUGCAAGAAACAAACCAUCAAAAGAAUCUCUAUCAACGACCCGACCCGGAUGCAGUCUGGUCUCAUUGGAGUGCUUUGGGACAGCGAGAGCGAAGCCCUGCGCGCGGAGGGGAGCAGCCUGCCUGCUGGAGGAGAGCGGUGCGAGCGAGCGGGUUUGGCAAAGCAAGGGCAACAACGUUAGUAGCUAGGCUACGCCUAGUUGUUAGUUAUUUAGCAUAGCCGGAUAUUUAAACGUAAACCUCUCAAACGACAACAAUGCCGACGCGAACGAUGGAGAUACCGUGUCGGGUAUAACGAGAGUUGGUGUGAUUGGGCACGUUCGUUAAGUUCUUUUUUUUUUUGCCGCACUGAGAACGACUGUCGGACAGAGCGGAGGUGAGAGUGGGGAAACAAACUUUGAUACGGGUUACUGCUGGUUGAAUACAAGGGAUUAAAAAAAAAAUAUUCACCUACACACGCACUGGAUUCGUGGCAUUAUUUCGCUACAAAAUACAACACUUCCUACGAAGCUUUUCCUCUCCUGGGCAGGCCAGUCAGGGAGCCAUGGUCAGGAGACAUGACUCAGAACCCAGUGGCAGGGAGGGAACCAGAAACAUUCAUGGCUACUAGAUAUAGACUACUUGAAGAAACCUUGCCCUGGAAUAAACCUGAAAAGGAUUGUGCAGGAACCAGAAAUCAGAUGGUGUUCUAACGAAGCCAUGGGUAGCUACUGUAGCUGUCCUGACAAAGACUCCAUCCCUGAUACCCAUCAAAGCAAAUUCAAGGUGAUAAAUGUGGACGACGACGGUAACGAGUUGGGCGCGGGCUUGAUGGAGCUGACAGAAGAGGAGCUCGUGCUCCACACCAGGAAACGUGACGCCGUCACGUGGCCCUACCUCUGCCUUCGCCGCUAUGGUUACGACUCCAACCUAUUUUCUUUCGAGAGUGGGCGACGAUGCCAGACUGGGCAGGGUAUCUUUGCGUUCAAGUGUGCGCGGGCGGAGGAAAUCUUCAACAUGCUGCAGGACGUCAUGCACAGCAACAGCAUUAGUGUGGUGGAGGAAACGGUGAUGGAGGCUAACCCUACAGGAUCUACUGAGGUGGAGCUUCCCUGCACACCAUGCUCUCCUACCACUCCUGGCUGCUCUGUCCCUGCGUUAGCCAAUGGGAUUGGGCGCUGCCCGUCAUUUGGUGAGGCCUGGUCACGACCCUCUAGCCGACAUCCAUCGGUAGGAAGUGCCAGGCUACCGUCGGUCGGAGAAGAGUCAACCCAUCCGCUCCUGGUCGCAGACAACACAGUCCACACCUACGUUAACACGGCAGACGUCCAGGACGACCGGCGUACGCGCCCCGGCAGCCGUGCCCCCUCGGAGGUACGGCUGCCCAAACCCGACACCACGGCAGCCGCUACCCCGCCUUCCCCUGCGGCGACCGACACGGACACGGAGCCCCAGGUGCUGCUCGAGCCCGACGGGGUUCAAUUCAUCCUGGGUCCCACCCCGGCCCAGCGGAGACGGAAGCAGACGCCAGGGGGCGGGGAUCCUGGGUUCAGAGGGCCCGUGGAGCUUGGCGGGUCUGGGUCGAACGGGGAGCCCAGCCCGGCAGUGCCCCCUGGGGGUCAGAGCGGGGAUGGCUGUUUGGUGGAUGACACUGUGAGUCUCCAGGCGGGAGACUGCGACAACGGCUACGACAGUGACGGACGGAAAGACGCUCCUCCCCCAACCAACCCAAACCCCCACCCUGGCCCUCCACCUUAUCCGGCGAACGAGCUCAGCUCCAUCUCUACCCCUGAACCCCACAACGGCGCCACCCAGUCUCAGAGGUCCACCCCGGUCCCAAUAUCGGCCCCCACACCCCGUCGUAACCGGCCCACGGUCCCUCUCCCAGACUCCUCCCACAAUGUCAAUAACUCCGCCCAGAGGCGCACGGCACUUCUGAAUUACGAGAACCUCCCUCCACUGCCCCCGGUGUGGGAGACCGCCAGGCGCUUCUCCGAAGGCGACGAGGAGGAUGAAGAGGAGGUGUAUCAUGGAUACAGACCAAAGACCCCGUCCCUUAACGGCUACCACAACCACCACAAUCAUCAUCAUCGCCCUCAUCUUCAUCGCCACAGUCUAGGAGGACUGGGCCUGGACCCCAUGCACAACUACGUCAACACAGAGAAUGUAAACAUCCCGCUUAGCGCCAAACUGGACUCAGCGAGGCUACUUCCGCGGGGUAGGGACUGCACCGGCAGGGUUGUGGGUUCCACUCCCACCAUCUUCAACUUCGACUUCCGGCCGGGGCGAGUGACCGGCGGUUUGGCGUCGGAUCCCCUGAGGCAGCUGAAUUAUAUCGAAUUGGAAAUGGAGAAGGGUUCGGACUCGAGCGGCCCGCAGACGCCCAAGACGCCCACCACUCCCAGCGGGGUCGGCCUAGGGGGUCUCCUCCUCCCCCCGUCCACCCCCACACGGAGGACGGAACUGUAUGCCAUGAUUGACAUAGAGCGCACGGCCGCCAUGUCGAGUCUACAGAAAGCAUUGCCGCGUGACGACGGUACCUCUCGGAAAACACGCCACAACAGUACUGACCUGCCCAUGUGAGCAUAGCCACACCUAGCGUGCUGUACCUAGCGUACCGCACCUAGCGUACUGCACCUAGCGUACUGCACCUAGCGUACUGCACCUAGCGUACUGCACCUAGCGUGCUGUACCUAGCGUACCGCACCUAGCGUACUGUACCUAUCCUAGCAGGUGCUGUGUCCCCAUUGACCUGAUUCUGGAUCAUCACCACACUUGUGAUGCGAUAGGAUCAAAAGGAGUACACUACAUAGGGAAUAGGGCACUAUUCAGGAUGUGAGCACUGUCUUUUCUCCAGCUGCACCGUGACCUGACCCGUGGUCGUGUCAUUACUGAGGUUUUUUAUUUUUCAUAUCUGCAAAAAAACUAAAAUUAAAAAAAAAUAUAUGUUUUGGUGAAAGGGCUCUGGA